UAAUUCGGUCGGCGUCCGUAGUUGGAUUUACAUCGUUAUUUUUAUUCUAAAAAGAAAGAAAGUUACGAUGAUUGGUGUAAGGCUGAAUACUUUUAACGAUAAUUCUGGAGAACCUGAGCAAGACGCAAAUUCUGCUUUAACAGAAUUAGACAAAGGUUUACGGUCUGGCAAAGUGGGCGAACAAUGUGAAGCAAUUGUCCGUUUCCCACGUCUGUUUGAGAAGUAUCCAUUUCCUAUCCUUAUCAAUUCGUCAUUCCUCAAACUUGCUGAUGUUUUCCGUAUGGGAAACAACUUCCUCCGUCUAUGGGUCCUGCGUGUUUGCCAGCAGAGUGAGAAGCAUUUGGACAAGAUUUUGAAUGUAGAUGAAUUUUUAAGAAGGGUAUACAGUGUGUUACACUCAAAUGAUCCAGUUGCGAGAGCGUUGGCCCUUCGGACCCUUGGUGCGGUGGCGGGUAUAAUCCCGGAGAGGCAGAAUGUGCAUCAUGCUAUAAGGAGAGGUCUGGACAGCCAUGACAAUGUGGAGGUUGACGCUGCCAUCUAUGCUACAACUCAAUUUGCAGCUCAUUCAAACACCUUUGCAGUAGCUAUGUGCAAUAAACUAUCGGACAUGGUGGAAAGUGAGAGUACAGGGGCUGAGAGACGUGCCAAAUUGGUGCGAGCGCUCAAAACUGUCCACGGGGGAGCGAUAAGAGCCCAGGGCGUGCUGAAGCUCCUCCACUCGCUGCUGGAGCGGUUCCCGUCGUCCAGCUCGGUGCGCGCCGCCAUCACCGCCCUCACACACAUCGCGGCCGACACCGUGGUGCACGUGCCCGACCAGGUGGAACUCCUCCUGAGCCUGGCAAUGAACGAGGGCCGAGCGGCGGUGCGGCGCGCGGCGCUGCUGGGGCUCCGGCGGCUGGCCGCGCACGCCGCGCUGUGGCCCGCGCGGGGUAUACAGAGCCUGCUGCGCGCCGCCGCCGGCAGCCGCCACGCCGACCACACAAUGCUGUGUUUGCAGGUCAUGCAGAAACUAGUGGAAUGCCCGGCGGUGUGCGCGUCGUCUGUGGCGCUGCGCUCGUACUGCGCGACCGCGGCUUUGAGUCCCGACUUGAGACAGGCCGCCACCGCCGCUCACGUCUUCACCGCCGUUGUUGUUCAUUGUUACGAAGAAUCAUUACCAGUGGACGGCAGUGAUCUUAUGAUCGCAUUAGAGUCGUUAGUGAUCGCUACUGGAGCAGAUACGUCUCCUGCUAACAUCAAACCUCUGCGGAUGGCAUUACGAUGCUUGGUUAAGCUAUGCACCGCCGAGCCAACCUUAUACGCUCCACGGACAGCCCUUAUGCUGGGUGCUCAGUUACAAGAAUGCGAUUGGCAAUUAGGCGGGCCCAGGGUCCUGGCCCUCCUCGAGGCGCUGGCGGCCCUGGGAGGGGGGACCUACAGCCCUCAUUCGAUACAACCCGCUUUGCCGGCGCUGAUACAAGUGUUGAACGAAGCUAUGAAGGGGAACCCCACGAGCAACCCCAACGAAGAUGGAACUGCCCUGGUUCUUCUGUGCACAGUUCUGUUCCAAGAGAGGGCGGGCACAGCGCUGACAUUGCAGAUAGACAACUCCUGGGAGAGCCAGAUCUUGGACACGAUGGCCAGGGUCGAUGGCUGGACCAAGUACAGAGUGGCCAGAGCUGCUUUGAGGUACGGGCAUCACAGCUUAGCGGCGACCAUUUUGAAGCGCUUGGCAGACGAAGCGCCCAGCGAAACAGCGCAGCGCUGGCUCUCAGCGCUUCACAGGGCCGCUUCCAGCGAUGCACUGCUGGUUGAGAAGGGCAUCGUGGCCCUGGAGGCGGCGAGCGCGGGCUGGGAGGUGGCGGGCGGCUGCGGCGGCGCGGGCGCGGGCGGCGGCGCGGGCUGCGCGGCGGGCUGCGGGCGCUGCGCGGGCUGCGCGCCGCUGCCGCCCGCCGCGCUGCGCGCGCGCGCGCUGGCGCUGGCGGCGCUGGCGCGGGCGGCGCACGCGGCCCGCGCGCUGUGCACGCAGCCGCCGCCCGCCAUCGCUCAUUCUCACGCGCAGGCGGCUCGCGACCCGCUAGCGAAGUCCGGCGCCGUGCUGUGGUCGCUGCGCCGCGCCGCGCGCGCCGUGCUGGCCGUGUCUCAGCGCUACCACGAUAUAGCUCGCACCGCCUUCCACGCUGACAAUUCUACAUUGAGACAUCUACAUAUAGCACAGCAUACAUACGCCCAGCUGGCUCAAUUCCUGGACCGCGUCACCUCGAACCAGCAAGAGCGACCUUCGGAACUCCUCAAGGAAAUGAAACCAACCUCAUUGGAAGAGAUGAUAGCAUUGUCAGCCAGCAACAAGUUGACGGAUAUAUCCAACAAGUUGUUUGAUAAUCCGACGACCAGUCCUGGCAUAACUCAUAGGCAUGCGGAAGCGGUGCUGGCGGCCGUGAAGGCCUGCAGCGGCGGCGCGUCGUGGGCGCGGGGCGUGUGCGCGGGCCGCGCGCCCGCCGCGCUGUGCCGCGUGUCGCUGACGCCGGCGUGGCGCGCGCCGCCCGCGGAGCACGCGGCCGCCCUCCCACUCUCACAUAGGCUCGCUUUGAAAUUGGAAGGCGUAGUGCUGCCAGUUACGCCGCUCAGUAAACGCCAAAAGCAGCGUCAAGUGAAAGGAGUACAAAUCACAGUUACCGCCACGCCUCACCCGCGGACCAAUGAGAAGACCGUAGAACUGACAAACAUACCGCCAGUCCUGACCGCGGUGCAGACCGUGACCCCAGUCAGAGAUUUCUUCUCCGCUCAACAGCUGGUGAGCGUGGCGAGCCCGGGGCUCUACACGGUGGCGGUGGAGGCCGCCUUCGUCGAUGAGAAGGGGGAGUUGUGGAACACGGGCCCUAGGUCCGCCAUCGUCAUUAAGGCUCAUGAAGAUCCAGCUGCUAAGGGCAUAGUGCAAGCGGCUAGAGGUAGAUUUUAGUUUAUAUAAAUCAUCAAAUUUGCACUUUUAUCGUGAACUUGAAGACUUGUGAUUAGUAAGUGAAACUAUCAAUGUGGAUGAAGAAGAAAGAAGUGUAUGCAGGGAUCGUGGCAAGUGGAUAAAUUAUGUUUCUGCCUACCCCUCCGCAAAUAAGGCGCAAUUUUAAUAUAUGAAAAAUGUAUGAAUAAAAUGUUUUAAUUAAAAAAAGUGUGUG